GAGGUAAAUUCAAAUCCGGAGGUUCUAUAGAAAUAUAGUCGAAUAGGAUAAAUUACGCAAAAUGACGACAGAAUCUACUGCAAACCUUACGGAAAGGAUGGAACCAACAAAUGAACGAAACAACGAAGCAACGGAAGAAAACAAAAAUACAGAACAAGUAGAUCUGAGUUUGGGAGAUCUGGUUCAAUCCAUUAGCCGGCUGGAUUUGAACAGCUAUGCAACGAGGAAAUCAUUUGCCCAAGGAAUGCUGGAUUUGGCUUUGCUGACGGCUAAUGCAUCGCAGUUGAAGUUUCUUCUCACGGUUGGCGUAGCUCACGAAUUCUAUCAUCUUCUACUGACACUUGUGAUUGUAUCGAUAUCGCUGCAGGUUUUCCAAGCAGUUAUGAUAAUAAUACUGGCCAUCGUUCUAGACAUCAACAAAGUUGAGCAACACAAAAAGUCGGAAAUUCUCAACAAUUUGCUGAUAAUUUUCACGGUGAUAAGUGUAGUGAUAAAUGUGAUAAUUAGUGCUUUCGACAUGAGAUCACAAGGUGAUCUUCUACAAAUAAGUAACUGAAUAUAUAUAUAAUAAUAGAUAAAAAAAAAA